CAAUUUCCCAGCUUUUUCUUUCUGGCUCGAAAGCAGGUGGUUCUCUGCCGGCGUCUGCUUGGGCUUCGGGCGCCGAUCUACAAUGCCACAAAACGAAUAUAUAGAGUUACAUCGGAAGCGAUAUGGCUACCGCUUGGAUUACCAUGAGAAGAAAAGGAAGAAAGAAGGGCGUGAGGCUCAUGAGCGUUCAAAGAAAGCCAAGAAAAUGAUAGGAUUAAAAGCUAAACUGUAUCAUAAACAGCGCCAUGCAGAGAAAAUACAGAUAAAAAAGACUAUUAAAAUGCACGAAAAGAGAAAUACCAAACAGAAGAAUGAAGACAAAACCCCAGAAGGCGCUGUACCAGCAUAUUUGCUGGAUAGGGAGAGCCAGUCUCGAGCAAAAGUUCUUUCCAACAUGAUCAAACAAAAACGAAAAGAAAAAGCUGGGAAAUGGGAGGUUCCUGUGCCCAAAGUCCGGGCCCAGGGAGAAACGGAAGUGCUGAAAGUGAUUCGCACAGGAAAACGAAAGAAGAAGGCUUGGAAAAGAAUGGUUACCAAAGUGUGUUUUGUAGGGGACGGCUUUACCAGAAAACCUCCAAAAUACGAGCGCUUCAUUCGACCAAUGGGUUUGCGAUUUAAGAAAGCCCAUGUAACACAUCCAGAACUUAAAGCUACAUUUUGCCUACCUAUUCUUGGUGUAAAAAAGAAUCCGUCUUCCCCCCUCUAUACUUCUUUGGGAGUAAUCACAAGAGGUACAGUAAUCGAGGUAAACGUGAGUGAGCUUGGUCUCGUCACCCAAGGGGGAAAAGUUAUCUGGGGAAAAUAUGCACAAGUAACCAAUAAUCCAGAAAAUGAUGGGUGCAUUAAUGCAGUUCUACUUGUAUAGUGACAUUUGCCGCUAUGGAUAUGGAAGCUUUUUACACACAUAUGUGUCUCUGCAGACUUCAGAUAAAAGAAUUUGUUUCAAAACAGCCAUCUCUGAAGACAAAGGACUAUUGCAGAACUGGCUUUUCUCCAAAUAUUACCAAAAAUAAAAUAUUAUUUCUUGA